AUAACACUGCUUAUGUUCUGAAAGAAUUUCAAGUCUGCACUUCUUGCGCUGUGACCACCUCCCACAUACUCUGAUGCUACUGUUCCUCUUUCUGUGAACGCCAGGGGAAAAGAGAGGAUAAAGUUUUUCAAACAAACAGGAAAAGAACAAGACAAUGCCUAACUUGAGGCAUGUAAGGUAUCAAAAAAACAGCAGAGAGUGAGUUGCGGCAAGCUGAUAAGGUACAUAAUUGAAGCCCCCAAAUGAUGGAUAAAGGAAAAGUGAACGGAAUUUCUGCAAAAGAGAAUGGAGGCCAGAGGACAACUCACUCCUACUCUGUGGAGACACCCUAUGGAUUCCAUCUGGACCUGGAUUUCCUAAAGUAUGUGGAUGAUAUUGAAAAGGGAAAUACCAUCAAGAGAGUACCAGUGCAGAGGAGACAAAGGGGUCGAAACAACUCCCUGUCUCGAAAUUUCAGCUUGCCAGGGCAUGGGCGGAGUCAUUCCCAGUGGAACUCGAUCAGCACCCUUUGGCCAAAGCCUCGACUUAAAGACUCUCAGCUCUACGAGUUCCAGCCGUGCGAUGGUGGAGCGCCAGGAUAUCUCAGGAGAUCAGAGCAUGCCAACAAGCCCCUUACGACAGCUGAAAUGGAGGCAAACAUUCGGGCCUUUGAUGAGCAGCCCUUGGGACUUCACGUCAGACCAAACUUACUUCGUGCCUCUAGCUUACCUCUGACAGUGUUACUGAGGAAAGGCUCAGAGUCCACGGAGGACCCAACCAGUCCACAGAUGUCCAGGGACUACCUCGUGCAAUACAGUGGCUCCUCUGAAGAUGUGUUUCACACUCCGGACAGAAAGACACACGGGAUGAAUGGAACUCUUCAGCGACUCAGCGCAGCCCUGGAGCGUGUGGGAGAGUUGGAGGAGGAGAUCAGAAUUAUACCUGAACUCAAAGCCCAGAUCUGUAUCCUGCAGGAGGAGAGAGAGAGGCUCCUUUUGAGGCUCAACUUCCCAACUGUAGUUGGUUGGUCGUUGGAUUGUCCUCCAACAGAUCCUAGCGGAGGAUUGCAAAACUCAGAGACAAAUGAUCUCCGAGGACUUGGUUCAAAACCAGUGGAAAAAGGAAAUGACGACUGGAUGGAUCGAGAAUAUGACCAGCUGGAGAGGAAAGUUAAGGCCUCCUCAGUGGAAAUUGAAGCAGUGGAGAUAACCUCAACUAUGGAAACAGACCCAUCCAGAAAGAAAGGUGUUUCACUGCAAGAGGUUGACAAAGCUAUUCAGAAGAAAGACUCUUCAAAUCAUGGAGACAGCACCAAGUCCCUCACGGUGGCUCUGCAAAGGAAGAUUGUCAUCCUGGAACAGAAACUCCAUGACAUGGAAUUGGAGCUAGACAGGACGCGGACACUGUUGAGGAAUCAGGUGGAAGAAAGUCGUCUAAAAGAUGAGAAACUACAGGAAAUGUCCCAGCAGCCUGCCAUUGGGGUCAAAGCAGAGGGUGUAACAUCAGGCACAGAGCCCUCAAGUGAAAAAAGUUCAGCUGGUGCUCAAAAACUGGAACAGUCUGACAAAGGAAAGACGACUGAAGCUCCAUCACAAGAAGCCAGGAGUACAGGCCAAGACAUACUGGCGGAGCAUGGAGCCAAACUUGGGAAGAACACAGAGACAGAAGCAAACAUAGAAAUGGCACACCAUGUGGCAAGGGUUCAGGAGCUUCUGCAGGAGCAGUGGGAGUGUCUUUGCAAAGGGGAGUCGUCCGGUGGAGUCUUGUCUACAGAGCACCUCCCUCAACGAGUCUGCUCCAUCCAAGAGCAAUUGGUCUCCUUAGUAAACACCCUUUCACACUAUGUGGACACUGCUCAUGGAGGAAAACAUACACAGCAGCCAGGCAACGAACCUAUAGUUCAAAAAUCUGAGGAUGAGGAAGAGUCAUGCCCUACGGACACUGCCUCAAAUGUGGGUGUAAGUGACAGGGGACCUCAUGUGCACGGGAAUGAAAAGGAUGAGGACACACCACCAGAGCAACAUGAAGGAGAAGAGGCUGGCCCUGAGAAUACCCAGAGUCAGGCAGUCCCACAGAAGGACACAGAAAUCCAGGCAGACCCCAAAGAGGAUACAAUGGGUGGGAGGGACCCUGAGGAUAGUGCACAUGGUGGGGCUAGUGCACAACCUCUGCAAAGUCCACAUGUAGAAGAAGAGACCAUGGAUGGAUCAGAUCUGCAAGUACAGACUGAUGAGUCUGAGGCCCUAGAGAAUCAGACAGGGGAGGGUGAUGACCCAGAGAAGCAGCCUCAGAAAGGCUCUGACAAACAGGAGAAGACAGUGGAAGAGAAGGAUUCAACUGAACAACUGCAGCAUGAAGAAAGCCGGGCGACAGUUGAUUCUAGUUUUACGGAAGCAUGCUGUUUCUUGAAAGACCACAUGGAUAUGGUGUCCAGUCCCAAUAAUGAAAUGACCCAGGCUUUGACAGUCGUGUUCCAGAAGUGGUUCCACAUAACUGCUGAGGAGGACGCAUGUGCCGACACCGUCACUUCAUACCUUAAGGAGGUGACAACAAACACGCCCACGGUCCUUAAGUUCCUGGUCAACAUGGUGGAUGACAAUGGGAACACUGCCCUGCAUUACAGUGUGUCUAACUCCAACUUCCGUAUUGUGCGGAUUCUCUUAGACACAGGUGUAUGUGAUGCUGAUUUGCGGAACAAAGCUGGGUACACAGCUAUCAUGCUAGCUGCCCUGACUCCUGCAGACUCCCCUGAGGAUAUUAAAGUGGUCCAACAACUGAUGCAAUUAGGAGAUGUCAAUGCACGUGUUGGCCAGGUCGGCCAAACAGCUCUUCACCUAGCAGUCAGACACGGCAGGCUGCCUAUUGUUCGUCUCCUUUUGGAGCAGGGAGCAAACCCGAACGUCCAGGACCGCGCUGGCACCACGCCUCUGAUCAUCGCCUGCGAUCGUGGACACACCGAAAUUGUCAAAGUGCUGCUGCAGAACGCAGACUGUGACGUCAAUCUCACGGACAAAGGAGGUCGCAGUGCCCUCUCCUUGGCCACACAAGCCUCCCGCACGGACAUAGUUGACCUUCUGAAAGGCCGCACUGAAACAAGAACUUCAGACAAAUGCAAGAUGUCUUAGGCGCUGACAGUCUUCUCUCUGACGUCCGAUUUUAACAAAGUCCUAUGACCUUAUCCUAUGACCUUCCUCACAGAUGAGAGAGGACUGUGUAGAUAUAAGUCAAGGGGUGAGAACUCCAAACUACACCUGGGGUUACUUUGAUGAGUAUGUCAUGUAUCCGAGGCCUGUCUUUUCACUUCGGAUCCCCCAGAGUAAGGGAAGGGGCCAAGGAGAAAAUUUUGGAUUUAGCCCUUAUAUGGACAGCAAGCAUUUCUUCAGAUUUGCAAGAGCUGGCUUAUUAUUGAUCUAUCUAUCUAUCCAUCUAUCUUUAAGUAUCUAUCUUAAGCUUGACAUUGACAAAUCUUGAGUAAGUUAGAACCCAUGUUAAAUCCAUUACAUGUCUCACAGGUAGAGUGAUCUCCCGCUGCUUAAGAGUGUUUUUAAGCCAUCAGCUGUUAUUCCCCUGAAGUGACUUGUAGCCAAGGAUUUGAUUUGUGACUCAAACAUUAUUGGACAUGUUUAUACACAGUGAAUAUCAUCUGGUAUAUCUCGCCUCACGAAGGUUUAUUUCAUACACAACACCGUCAAAUUAAAAAUGAAUUCACUUCUGAAACAAUCCCAGCCAACAAAAAAAGUCAAAAUGCACCAGUUUCAAUCUUUAAAAAUCAAUCUGAAGUUAAAUCUGUAAAUUUGUUUUUCACUUUUAAAAGUUACAAGAAAAAAAUUAAUGUAUCCUGCUUUUCAAUAAACCUUAUAUUACCCUU